GUUUGGACAACCACAGAAAUUUACUGGAAAAGGAUUAACACAGGCUGCAAACAUUCCAUCUUCAACCAUUAAAUCUGAAAGUCUGAGAUUUGUGGGCUUUUCGAAUCAAACGUUACUUCUUGCCUUCUAGUUAGUAAUCGUUUUUAUCUGCAUGACGGACGAUGAGAAUCCUUUCACUUGUUGCUCGAAGAGCCUCCUUUAAUCUUAGUGUAUUAUAUCAGCCCAAAAAUCUUCUGUCAACUACACAUUUUGGAUUUGAAACAGUACCAGUUAAAGAAAAACAGUUGAAAGGUAACAUGGAAGUCACCUUUUCAUCAUUAUUAUCAUAAUUUAUUAUCAUUUUUGUCUAAAACACAGUUAAUCAUGUAUUCGAGAAUGUAGCUAAAAAAUAUGAUCUAAUGAAUGAUGUGAUGAGUUUUGGUGUGCAUAGAUUCUGGAAAGAUUGUUUUGUCAGUCAGAUUAUGCCAACAAAUAAUUUGAAAUGUUUAGAUGUUGCAGGUGGAACAGGUGAUAUUGCCUUUAGAUUAAUGAAAUAUGCUAAAUGUAUUAAUGUGUCCGAGAACUCUGAGUUGAAUCCGCCUAUUAUGGGACCUGAAGUAACAGUUUGUGAUAUUAAUCCAUCGAUGAUGGAAGUUGGCAAACUGCGUGCAGAAGAAUUGGGUUUUAAAAAUAUACAGUGGGUUGAGGGGAAUGCUGAAAACCUUCCGUUUGAGGAUAAUUCAUUCGAUGUGUAUACUAUUGCGUUUGGUAUACGUAACUGCACGUAUAUUGAUAAGGUUGUUGCAGAGGCUCAUCGUGUUCUUCGCCCAUGGGGUCGAUUUUAUUGUUUAGAAUUCAGUAAAGUUGAAAACAGCAUAUUUCGAAGUAUAUAUGAUGCUUAUUCAAUGCAAAUGAUUCCUGUUAUUGGACAACUGAUUGCAGGCGACUGGAAUUCAUAUAAAUACUUAGUUGAGAGUAUUCGUAAAUUUCCCGAUCAAAGAGAAUUUGCUGAAAUAAUUGAACAAUCAGGAUUUAGCAAUGUUGACUGGAUAAAUUAUUCAGAUGGUAUUGUUGCUGUUCAUAAAGGUUUCAAAAUUCCGUCCAAUAAUUAAUGUAUAUAUAUUUAUCUGUAUUACGGACAUGUGUAAUUCUGUUUACAGGACAUAUUGAAUUACAUUAUUGUAGAUAGAUUAUUAUUUUCCUUUUUACUUCCUUUUUCUUACAAAAAUAUACAAAAACUGGGAGAAGAAUUGAUAUUAUAUUGAUUUACAGGUUUUUAUCAUUAAAAUUUAGUUGAUGUGACUGAUUAAUACGUGCGUUCGUGGCACCAUGUGGCGGUUGGUAGGUGGCUCGG